AUGAGUGCCUUCAAUAUCUAAAAGAACAGAUUCAUUAUGAAAGCAAAUCAGAAGAAAAGCUAAAAAGAAAUAUUAAUACAUCCAAUUUUAGUAAUAUAAAAUAAAGAUGAAGAAAUGGAAGAUCUUAAUUCACCUACUUCCCCAUGUUUGUCAGUUCCAAUCUUUUGCCCAACUAAAUUCAUAUUUCCAACUCUAGCCUCUUCUUAAAAAAUUAAAUGA